AUUGACAGAACGACUAGCAUCGCCACAACCAGUUUCGCUUCGCGAUCACAGAGUACAUUUUUAUAUAGUAUUCGCGAUUUUGGCUGGAUUUUCUGAUUUUUCACAGGAUUUUUACAAUUAAUGAGUUUUAAAAGCAAGAAAAAGUUAAACACCAUUUAGUUUUUAUUUGAUUUCCUUUUAUUGUCAAGUACAUGAAUUAGAUAAGUACAUAUUUAAGUCACAAAAGUAUAAACAAUAAUCAUGGACGAAUCAAAAAAGGGAUCAUCUCAAAGUAUUGAAGAGUUAAAAAGUAAAGGAAAUGAGUGUGUUAAAGACGCCAAAUAUAUUGAAGCUGUACUUCAUUAUACACAAGCAAUCAAAUUGGAUCCAAAUAAUUAUGUGUUGUAUAGUAAUAGAUCUUAUGCAUUUUUAAAGUUGGACCAGCAUUAUCUAGCUUUGCAAGAUGCUAACGAAACAGUUCGACUUCAACCACAAUGGGCUAAGGGCUAUUUCCGAAGAGCAGAAGUUGAAGCAGCCAGUGGACUUCAUGAUGAAGCAAUCAUAUCAUACACCAGAGCCUUACAAUUGGAGCCACACAAUCAAAAGUUAAUGGAGUCCAUAAAAAAUAUUACUGACAUGCAAAAGAAAAAAAUAAAAGACAAUCAAAACAUAAUAUGGAUUUGUACAUGUCUGGGUUUGAUUGCUGGCAUAGGUGUUGUUGUUUUAGAUUUCACACUAACAGCAAAUCCUACACUAACACAUCCUUUGAGUAUGGUAGCAUUCUCCAUUGCUCUCUCUGGUCUGGGCUGGGCGAUAGGAAAAUCUGCAACUUUAAUGACCACUUGGAAUGCGGGAAAAUCAUUACAACCUCCUGAAGAUUUAGGUCUAAAUAAUUCAUCCGAGGACAAGGAGUCUCCAGUACACGAAAAAAAGUCAAAGUACAGUAAGGCACAAGCAAGACAAAGAUAUAAACAAGGGAAACUUUAGUCAUAAGAUAUAAUUUUUGAUUGUUCACAUAUUGUUAGAUCUGUGAAAAUUCAUAUUAGCUCUUUACAUUACUCCAGUUUUAGACCAGUUGACCAAGUGAGCGAAGCAAGUGAGGUUUUCAAAUCAACUUGGAGCGAAAACACAUUUUUUGUAUGUGUGUUUGUUUGUUUGAUAUAACUUUCGAACCGUUGUUGGUCUGACUUUGAUGAUUUAAAAGGUAUGUAGGAUCUGUCAAUAGAAUUUUUAAAUUCGUAAGGUUACAAAAUCGGAUAAAUCUUUUAUUUGUAAAAACUCAUCAAAAAUUUGUGGUGUUCGCGAGGACUAAGUUCGCGGUGAACAACUAGUGAUAAUAUAAUAAGUACUCACACUUGCCGGUGGUGUGGAGACAUGUUGGAAAAUAUUGAUGAAAUGAAGUGUUAUUCUUAUCAAUUUCUAUUAGUUCAUAUUUCUGACAAUAUGCGUCCAUUACAUUAUAUUAUAACUUGGUUUGGGUCAAAUAGAAUCUUAAGUAAAAAAUAUAUGAAGUGUUCAAGAGUUUAUAAUGCAUAGCAUUUAUAAUGUACUUCCGUGUCCUAUCUUGAGUGUUUGAUAUUACCAAAAAUCAGUGGGUAUGGUUUUGUGUUUAUUUUUUUUUUCGCUGUGGGUUUAUAUUUGUAUAAAAGUUUUCACAAAUUCAAUAGGGAAUAUUACGCAAACCACUACUCAGGUGGCAGCACCGAUGCAAACCAACCGUUGCCAUGGUGCGCAAUACACACAAGUCAAAAACUUUGCCAUGCUUUGGAAGCUCAUUGAAAGACAUGUUAAUGUCCAAAUCGCUGUCUACUCUACAUCUGUGGAGUGGUUUACAUCUUAUUCUGGUGCUGCACUCUGGCGUGAUGACACCGCAGUAAUAUUCCCUAGUGUAUUUGAAAAUUAACACUAUUGUUUUCUACUCAGUAAUUCCUAAACUUGUGGCAAUGAGUGUAUGUAUGUAAUAAGGAAAAGACAAAAAUUAUAUUCCAGUUUUAAUCAUAGCAAGUUACAUAUCUCGUUUUAGUUUUUAUAAGUGUUAUCAAAUGACCAUUUUUAAUGUAAGAUGUUUUUACAUGUAGCUGAAACCUUGUAUAUUUGUGAAUAUUGUGUAGAUAGAUACCUAGUAGCUUUUAUGUGUCAGUUUUUGAUUGCUACAUGAUUAAUAAAAACCGGUCAUAUCUAAUUCUAAAAA